GCCGUGGACCAAUCAGGAGCGUUGUAGACAUCACGUGAUCCACCCUGCAUCUCCGCGGUACGCUGUACCUUCGACGUCCGUGAACCCGUUGUGUUAUGUGUGUGGAAACGUAGGUGAAUCGUCCCGGUGUAUUGGUGCGAGGAGUUGUUGUAAGUUGUCAACGUUUAGUAUCGAACCGCCGACGUGUGGAGUUGACGCUAUCGGAGCGACAGCCAAGCUUGGGUGGUGGUACUGGUGUUCCACCUUGAGGUUCUCUAGUUGAUUUUGGGGGUUGAAAUACGUGAUGGAUAACUGACAUCUCACCAAUGGCAACGUCAGUCUAGUGACAGUGUAAAGUAGUCAGUGACCAUGAUGGGAGGGGGAGAAGUAAAGGUGGCGACUGUAGAGUCGGUGGAGUCGGUGGACAAUAUGGCGACUCUCCCAGUGUCUAGGGCUCACGCGCCGAGCGACGUCACUCCGGAGAAGAAUAACUUUACCAACAAGGAGAUGGAGGCUAAGAAACGACCUGUAGCAGCCUCCCAGGCUAAGGAUCCAAAGAGGACAUCCCUGUUCAUAAUCUUGAGCUUCAUCUAUGCCAAGCUGUUGGUUGUCAUAUGUAUAGCGUUUGUCGUCUCUGAGGUUGUGACCCAUAGUCUACCCAUACCCUACUAUGAGGGUUUCUUCACAUACCUUUACGGAGUCAGCAUUGUCUUCUUGCUGUACGUCUUCUGCUUCCUUCUGCAAGAGAGUACCUGCUGCCAGGCCGCUGAGCCCAAGCCCAAGAAGCCAAAGAAGGAGAAGGAAAAAGAAAAAGAAAAGGAAAAGGAAAAGGAGAAGGAAAACAAGAAAAAUAAGAAGAAGGAGGCUGCUGACAAGAAGAAGGAGAAAGAAGAUAGCUCCAAGGGAGGUGGUGGAGGGGGAGAGCCACAACCUCCGCCUGCUCAAGGAAAGCGUAAUAGCAGAUCCAAUAUAUUCCAGAACGAAGGUUAUCCACGUAAAAUGAAGGAUCUGAUGCGUAGCAAAAGCGUUCUGAGUGAUGAACCUGACUCAAAUCCAAAUUCAAAUUCCGGCAGCAAGUCCGAACUUGUGGCGGGAGGAAUGGGAACGCUGAAGAAAGGCAAAACCGGAGAGAGUCCUUCCCAGGAGAAGCUGGACGUCGGAGAUGUUGAGAGUUGUCCCUUGCCGCAACAUCCCGGACGCAAGCGCAAGACAUCCCAAAACACCAGCAGUCACGGCAGUUUCUUUCUGCGUGUGGGGGCCAUUGCGUUUGGGCUCGCAACUAUGAUUUACAAUGGGCUGGAGUUUGGGGAAUUUUUUGAAAUCCCAUUUUCGUCCCCGUGCUACCAAGUGCUUCGGGGUGUCAACCCAUUGUUGCAAAUGAUGUUCACGUUCAUGCAGAUGUACUUCAUAUUCAUGAACUCAAGGUUGAACAUCCACCGGUUCAAAGUGAUCGCUCGGUUCGGCCUGAUGCACAUCGUAGCCACAAACCUGUGCGUCUGGAUACGUACUUUGGUGUUGGAGAGUUUAAAGGAGAUCACCGGAUAUCUCAACAAACACAAUACCACCUCUGUGCUGGGCCCGUCCCCUUCCGUCGUCCGCAACCUCAAGAAUGACUUUGACAUUUUGAGUAAACUACGAGAAGCGACUGAAAGCCCGACAACUACUACUACAACCAUGAAAUCAAUUUUCAAAUCUACCUCUCGUGCAUUUGCCGAUACUGCUAGGCAACUGGUUCAGCACUCGACGGAAGCAGCAACCACACUGCUGCCAACCACGCAGUCUAGCACAAUGUUGCCAACAUUGCCUACCACCACUACCACAACGACCACCACGACACUCCCUCCGUUUAUUUUCACUGACCCCACGACUACCACCACGUCAACCACCACAGAAGCUGCUUCACUAAUUAACUUCAUUAAGAAGAAUCUCACCGCUGCUGUGACUGAUUCGUCCAUAUUCUGGGAUGACUUUGGAGAGUCGCCGCUCGCCCCAGCUGCCCUGGUCAGUGCCAACCGCACUCCCAUCGACCCGGAGAGCUGUGGCCGGGUCAACAUCAUGGGCAGUAUUGUGCAUGAUUCUGCCCCUUAUCUGUUCCCUUUCAUCAUCGAGUACAGCCUGAUUGGUGCUGCCGUGAUCUAUGUGAUGUGGCGCCAUAUUGGACGUCACGCUAGAUACCAUGGGGAGGAGGACUUGGAGCAGAGACUGGAGGUGAUACUAUCCCGACGUGCCGUGGCCAUGGCACACGCCAGUGCGGGCCGCGUAGACUGUGUCGGGGCCAGCAAGGGACUGUUCUUUGGCCUGCUGCUGCUCGUCGGCUCACUCAUCUGUCUGAUCCUGUUCUUUGUCUUGGUGCACCACCCUCAGCUUGGCCUACUGGCCAUCUACCUGGCCGACGUCUCCCACUGCACUCUCAUGGGCCUCAGCAUCAUCGCCAUCAUCAUCGGUUUCAUCAGAGUCCAGGGCCUCAAGUUCCAAGGCGAGGAGUCUAGCGAUCUCAACGACAUUCUGCAGCGAGUGUCUGCAUUCGGACUGUUUGUCUACGCAGUGUUCAGCAUCAUCGCUGGAUCCCUUACAGCUCUUACUAGUGAACCGAACUUGUUGGUCAUGAUCACUGGGAACCUAGCUGUUGUGCAGGUUGUUCUCCAACUACUAUUCAUCGCAGACAUUGCCCGACGACGUGUGCAUCUCCCCGAACACGACCGCAGCAAACCUGGCCGACAGAUCGUUACGUUCUUGCUCAUAUGCAAUGUCACCAUGUGGAUUAUAUACACUUUCGAAACUCAAAAAGUCAUUGCCAACCCUGUGCAGUUGGAUUUCUACGGGUUCCUGGCUUGGUCCAUGGUGCAGCGAGUCACUCUUCCUCUAUGCAUCUUUUAUCGAUUCCAUUCCGCCGUGACACUUGCAGAGAUAUGGAAGACCAGCUACAAACCCCGUCUCGACUAAAAAGCGACGCAGUGAACGCAAAGGUAUCCAUCAAAGUUACCGUAUGAAUUCUUCACUCAAUUAUAUAAUUUGAGUUGUUAUAAUAUGAGAAUCUCCUUCGGAGGUAUUUAUACUCUGUACUGAAUGAGUUUUAUCAUAUCUUUUGUAUAACUGUUUUAAACCCCACUACAAAAUUACUAUUGUAUGUUAUCACCGUUGUGAUCGGGGGCCAUUUGUUUCAUGUCGUGAAGCGAUUUUACUAAAUACGAACACUGUUCUAUGUACUUAAAAGUAUUAACUACGUGUCUACAUUCUCGGUUGUAUUUAUAUGCCAUAAUUUGAUAGGGUGUUUAUGUAAAGUGGUGUGGUAUCUGUAAAUAAAUCUGUAUUAAUGUAUUUUACUAUUGGUUUUACUUUGUGUAGUUUAAGCAAAGAAAAGUUUUAUACGUAAGAAGUUAAAGAAAGAACGCAUUUUGAAUUUUGUUAGUCAAAUUAACAGUUUAAAAAUCUCUAAACCAUAUUGGUACUUACAAAUUUUAUUCUUUUAGUGGAAGGGGAGUUCUCAACCUCCAAGAAAACUAUUUUUUUUAUAGAUAAGUGGAACUACAUACAGCCAAAGUUUUUCUCCAAACCAUCAAGUCAUUGUGUUAUGACAUAGUCAAAAACGAAUGGUGAUUCACAGGACUUGAACCAGGCAUCCUGAACCAGGUUAUCUUACCACCAGACCAGCCACGUCUCUUCUUAUAUUCGUAGUUUAUUGAUAUAUACAGUACCAUUGGAGGGUUGUUAUGAAGAUCGGGUUUAAUUUAUUUUACUGUAAGACUGAAGUUCUUUCUUUAUCUUCAGCUCAAACUUCAUAAGAUUUUACAUACUAUGUGUUCAUGUAUGUAAAGUGUGUAAAUUAUAUUAUUUUACCUUUCAGAGUAUUAUUGAAAUAUUAUACUGUAUAGACUGUUAAUUUAUGUGCAAAUAUCACAAACGCUGACUGCUAUAUAAGUGAGAUCGAUGUUACGAAUGUGUGUGUGUGUGUGUGUGUGUGUUUGAAUGAGUGUCUUUAAUUUUUACUUCAAAUCCCAAAGCUAGAAUGAUUUUAAUAUAAGAAAUAAACCAAGAAACUGCAAUAAUUAUCGUUACUUUUUGGUGCCAAAUAAUUUUUCUGUUUUAGUUGAGUAUUGUUGUUGAAUUUAUUUGUCGUUAUGAUUUUCUCAUUAUUUAGUUUUCUGUGACUGAUCGCAAAAUCAAAACGUUGAAAUGUUAUUGAUUGAUUUACCUGAGUUGUAUUAAAAUAUUUUAAAAUAGCAGGCUUUUAACCAAAGAUAAAAUGUAUAAUGAUGUACGUCUAGGGUUGUCUACUUUUAGUUUAAAUCAAUACAUUUUAAAUCUUUCUGUUUUAAUGCCUGAGACAUUUGACAGAAUCUUUUUUAGAAUAUUUCAAAGUUUUAUAUGGGUCAUUGCAUUACUGACAAUGUAUAUUAGUGUAAAAUUGUAUUAGUUAACUUGUUUUUAUUUUUAACUAAACAAUACUAGAUUCAGUUAAUUGUUUUUUGUACUUAGGUGUUAUUUGAGGUCAUUUAGCAUGAUCUCUUUUAUACAAUUUCUUAAAAUCAUUUGAUAGGUUUUAUAUCUUGGCUAUCAAAUAACUUUGGGGUCCAAAACAAUGCAAUUAUUUUUAAUGAAGCAAAUUUCGACUGAAAUUAGACACUAUGUCGUCAUCUUUGGAAUUUUUACAUUCAGCAGUAAUCAAUAAAUUUCAAAAUGUAGACUAGUAUUGCUUCACUAUUUGUAUGCAACCGGUUAAUGAGCAUAUUAGAAUAAUUCUGUACUACAUUUAAAACUAAUAAAAUAAAUAUUACACUUGUUUUGAUGAGACCUCCAAAUAAAAAAAAAAACAAAAAAUAUAGCUACAGUUAGAUUAAAAUAACAUCGAGAACAAUCCUUGUAUGAUGGAAAACGGGUAAUGUACAUGAAAUACCAAAGUUAAUAGUUAACACAAAAGACCCUUCCUUUGUUAUGCUAUAAAGUUUACACCUUGGGUAUUGAAUAAAAAAUACUUUAUCUGUGCCAUCCAAAAUGAUUACAAUAAAAAAAAUUACAUUCUUUAGGCGUUAAAAUUACAUUGUUUUCCGUCAUUUGCAAAUACAGUAUACUUAUUUUUGCUAUAUACAUGUUAGAGUGAACAUUUUAAAAUCAUCCAACAUAAUAGAUAAAAGCCGUCUUACCUAACACCUUUCACAGCAACAGGCAUUUAUAUGACACAGCCACUGCCAUAAUCUGUUCUUUACCGUCAACUGUACAAAUCUUAACAGUUACGAGAUAUUUUACGAUUGUCAGCGACAACAAAUUUAUAUGUACAUAAACUGUGUAGAUAUUAUAUUAUACAUUGAAUUAGCUUUAAUAUAUCUUUGAUACUUUUAUUAAUUUGAAUACACUUUAAAAUAUAUAUAGGAUUGUUAUUAAUGAUAGUAAAUGUUUUAACAUCUUAUCGUUCCUGUGUGGGUAGAGAUAGAGUAAUGACCCGAACGUGUUGCGGUCACUCCUUCCAACCGAAGCUUGCGUGUGCGUAGAGGCGUACAUUCCAUAACGAUCCAGUCAACUUUUUAUCAUAAAUCCACUCUGUGAACCUAACCCUUGACUGUGCUUUGCGAUAUCAAUGUAAAUAUGUUUGCGGUGAAAAUUGAAUUUUUUUGUUUAAGUGUGUUCGAAAUUAUACUCAAACAGUAUUUUUAAAUACCUAUUAUUUUUGUAUAACUUUGUUAAAAGUUGCAAGUAGGCAAAGUAUGUUUUCUAACACAGAACACAAUGGUUUUGUACAUAAUAUUUUACUGAGUAAUUUAAGUUGUUGCAAACUGUAAAAUAUUAUUUUAUAAAAUCGGUAUACCGUUACAGAUUACAAUUUUUUUGUGAUGAGAAUAUGUGAUCAUUCUUUGAAAAGCUGUAUGCUUCGAGAUUUUCUAUGUGUAUAUUAAUAUAGCAAAGUAACUGUUUCAAAAGUAUUUGUGGGUAAAAUAAGUUAGGAUAAUGUGUAAGUAAGCAGUGAAUAAAAUUUGGGUAAUUAAAAAAAUCUACUUUUUUGCCGUUAAGUAAUUAUUUUUCAGUAUUUGAGGAGUGUUAACUUUUUAAAUGGAUGAUUUAUUUGGCUUUGAGGAAUAAAUGAAAUGAAUAAAGUAAACACCACCCUUUGCAUAUUUUAUUAGAUAAACUAAUAACUAGAUAAACCUUCAUUCCUAAAACCAAAACUCUAGGUUAAAAUCCACACCAGGUGUCAAACAGUCAAAACCGAUGUCAAUUUUAACGAUUGUUAACAACUGCCAAGUUGUAGAGUCAGAAAAUGUAAAAUCUUGUCCUUCCUCACACAAAGAUUUUGCUCAUGGAUCGUAGUUAGUAGAUGAAACUGUGUUACUGUGUAUUUUGUUCUUUGUAUCUCGUAGUCUGUUUUGAUUACAUACAUAUAAACCUAAGAAGCAUUUUUUCUAGCAGUUUAAUUAAAAUUUAUUUGUUGUUUGAUGUAGAUGAGGUCAUAAUAAAUCUAUUCUUAUGUAACCAAA